AUGGACAGCGUGUCCCCCCCGGCCAACGCCACCGGCUGCUUGGGUGCCCCCGCGCCGCCCUCGGGCUGCGCCCCAGCGGCGCCCGGCGCCUGGGCCAACCUGUCCCGGCCCGACGGCAACCUGUCCGACCCUUGCGGCUGUGCCAACCGCACCCAAGUGCUGCCCGCCGGCAGCAGCCCCUCCAUGGUCACCGCCAUCACCAUCAUGGCCCUCUACUCCGUCGUCUGCGUCGUGGGGCUCUUCGGAAACUUUCUGGUCAUGUAUGUCAUCGUCAGAUACACCAAAAUGAAGACUGCCACCAAUAUCUAUAUUUUCAACCUUGCCCUGGCAGAUGCCCUGGCAACAAGUACUCUGCCAUUCCAAAGUGUCAACUAUUUGAUGGGAACGUGGCCAUUUGGUACCAUCCUUUGUAAGAUUGCUAUCUCCAUUGACUAUUAUAACAUGUUCACGAGCAUCUUUACUCUUUGCACCAUGAGCAUAGAUCGCUACAUUGCUGUUUGUCAUCCUGUCAAAGCCCUUGAUUUCCGUACUCCCAGGAAUGCCAAAAUUGUCAAUGUUUGCAACUGGAUCCUCUCUUCAACCAUUGGGCUUCCCGUUAUGUUCAUGGGAACAACUAAAUACAGGAAUGGUUCCAUUGACUGCACGCUCACAUUUUCCCACCCAUCUUGGUACUGGGAAAACCUGCUGAAAAUUUGUGUUUUCAUAUUUGCCUUCAUCAUGCCAGUCCUCAUCAUUACUGUAUGUUACGGCCUGAUGAUCUUACGCCUCAAGAGUGUCCGCAUGUUGUCUGGCUCCAAAGAGAAGGACAGAAACCUGAGAAGAAUCACCAGAAUGGUUCUUGUGGUGGUGGCUGUGUUCAUAGUCUGCUGGACUCCCAUUCACAUUUAUGUCAUCAUUAAAGCCUUGAUCAAUAUCCCCGAGACCACUUUCCAGACAGUUUCCUGGCACUUCUGCAUCGCAUUAGGGUACACAAAUAGCUGCCUUAAUCCAGUUCUUUACGCGUUCCUGGAUGAAAACUUCAAAAGAUGCUUCAGAGAGUUCUGCAUCCCCACUUCCUCAACUAUUGAGCAACAAAACUCCACCCGAAUCCGCCAAAACACGCGUGAGCACGCCUCCACUGCCAACACUGUGGACCGGACUAAUCAUCAGGAAAGCUGUUUGAAGCCACUUGAGGUUGAAGAAGAGGAUAUUGAAGACCAAAUUCAGGAAGGAAUGGAACUUAGUGAAGAACACAACCACGAUGUCAAAUGAAAACAGUGGAUUUUGUAUCAUGUGUGAUAACUGUACAUGCUUAAUUGGCAUAAACUAUUUUCUUGUCAUUCAAUUACACACUUAACAAGAUUACAUCACUAUUCCUCUUCCUUAUCUACUGGUUACUUGGCACUUUGCAUUAUCAUA